GCAAGCGCAGAACUGUUUUCGGUGGUCAGCUGACUUUAAGUGAGAUGUUUAGCUGAAGGACUUGUGAGUCUAAAACCUGUUAUUUUUCCUCCAUGCGUGUGAAUCUGCAGCGGUUUCCCUGCGUAGCACUUUGAGGAGCAAACACUGAAGCCGUUAACUUCGUUGGGACUUCCUAACGUCAGUGUCCAGGUGGACAAACCUUGGGCCAGCAGCCAUGACAGAAUUCUGGUUGAUCUCUGCUCCGGGGGAGAAGACGUGUCAGCAGACCUGGGACAAGCUCAUGCUGGCCACUACGCGUACCAAUAACCUGUCCACUAACAACAAGUUCAACAUACCUGACCUCAAGGUUGGAACACUAGAUGUGUUAGUGGGUCUGUCGGACGAGCUGGCCAAACUAGACACUUUUGUGGAAAGUGUGGUCAAGAAAGUUGCCCAGUAUAUGGCUGAUGUGCUGGAGGACAGCCGAGACAAAGUUCAGGAGAACCUACUGGCCAAUGGAGUUGACCUCGUCACCUAUAUAUCCAGAUUUCAGUGGGAUAUGGCUAAAUAUCCAAUCAAACAGUCACUGAAAAACAUCUCUGAGAUCAUCUCCAAGCAAGCGACACAGAUUGACAACGACCUGAAGGCCAGAGCGUCGGCCUACAACAACCUGAAGGGAAACUUGCAGAAUCUGGAGAGGAAAAAUGCGGGGAGCUUGUUGACCAGGAGUCUGGCUGACAUAGUGAAGAAGGAAGACUUUGUGCUGGACUCAGAGUACCUUGUUACUAUGUUGGUGGUCGUCCCAAAGACAAGUUACACUGACUGGCAGAAGACUUACGAAACGCUAGCAGAAAUGGUUGUUCCACGCUCCACUAAGCUGUUGUUCGAGGACAAUGACAGUGGUCUGUUCAGUGUCACUCUCUUCUGGAAGGUAGUUGACGAUUUCAAAUACAAGGCCAGAGAAAACAAGUUUACAGUGCGUGACUUCCAGUACAACGAAGAAGAGAUGAAGGCAGACAAAGAGGAGAUGACACGUUUGUCCACAGACAAGAAGAAACAGUUUGGGCCCUUGGUGCGAUGGUUGAAGGUGAAUUUCAGCGAGGCCUUCAUCGCGUGGAUCCACAUAAAAGCCCUGCGUGUGUUUGUUGAGUCAGUAUUGAGAUACGGUCUACCAGUCAACUUCCAGGCCAUGCUGCUUCAGCCCAACAAGAAGAACAUGAAGAAGCUGAGAGAGGUGCUGUCUGACCUGUACAAGCACCUGGACAGCAGUGCUGCAAUCAUUGACGCUUCCAUGGACAUCCCGGGGCUGAACUUGAGCCAGCAGGAGUACUACCCCUAUGUUUACUACAAGAUUGACUGCAAUCUGCUGGACUUCAAAGUCUAACUUUGCAAUUUCCAUCACAUGUUGUGGUGUUCCCAUGUGACAUGUUCAUAUUAACGAGCUUUAAUUUAUUUCACUACAGCCUCGUUUUUUUCUUUUACUUUCAUUUUCAUCUUUUCUUCCCACCCUCAUACAGUUUCUGGUACAUUCCUGUCUACAGUGAAUAAGUUGUGAGGAAAAAUCAUGAAAAACUCGUCUUUUUAGGUUCUAAGAGUUGAUUAUGUACAUUUUUUGUCAUAUUUGUACCACUCUUUAAAUGAACAGCUUCCCCAUUUCUUCUCCUCAUUGUGGUUCAUCGUUGCUUGUGUCAUAAAACAAUGUUUUAACUACUGUCAUUGUCACUCUCCCCAUCAAUGUACUUUAAAUAAACUUGAUGGGUAAACAAGUGGAAGAAAUGCGGGGAUAAAUAAAUGUAUGUUAAACAUAGUAUUUAUAUGAAGCCUUUAAAAUCAGUGAGCACAUUUCGGUUUUUGAAGGUGAUGUGUUUUUAGUUCCUUGCAAGGACGCCUGUUUACAAAUAGAUGUUUAUCAUUGUCCCCUCUCAAACUGUGAUCACUUGAAACACUGAAACUGGUCAUUUUACUGUACAAAGAAGCAACAUGAUUGCUGACACUAUGCUCUUAUGAUUUCUGUAUAGUAAAUUGAUUGAGAAACAUCAAUAUGGAUAUAUGUGAAAAAUAUAGUAUUGUUUGAAUGACUGGAAAUUCAACCACCUAUUUAAAAUAAAUGUGAAAACAAAUGCUAUAUGUUAAAGAAUGUGUAUAUAUAUAUAUUUCUCUUGUCUACCUGCAAAUGUUCAUAAUGCUUUUCAGGCUGACGAAUAUGAACUUCAUUCUACAAUCCACAGAAAAUACAAUGCACAUAAUGAACAAUAGAUAUAUAUACGGUCGUAGACAUUCUUAACUGUUUAAGUAUUAAUAAUGCUUUCAAAAAUGUAUUAUAAGUCACAGGAACUGUGACUGUUUUAUGUUUUGCUGCAGUAUUUGAAGUGCA